AUGAGGAGAGGCGACCGUCCGCGGUUGGAGAAGCUAACCAACGAACGCGCAGACGGGAGACUGGAAGGUAAGACUCUGUACUUCGUCCACUUACUCUCCAUGCCUACCUACAGUGCCUGUGGCCGUUACCGGUCGGUCAAAGAGGGAGCUGUCGAUUGAGGAGAGCCGACCGUCCGCGGUUGGAGAAGCUAACCAACGAAGGCGCAGACGCAAGACUGGAAGGUAAGAGUGUGUACUUCGUCCACUUACUCUCCAUGCCUACGUACAGUGCCUGUGGCCGUUACCGGCCGGUCAAAGAGGGAGCUGUCGAAUGAGGAGAGCCAACCAUCGACGAUUGGAGAAGCUAACCAACGAACGCGCAGAUGGAAGACUGGAGAGUAUGAGUCUGUGUACUUCGUCCACUUACUUUCCAUGCCUACCUGCAGUGCCUGUGGCCGUUACCGGCCGGUCAAAGAGGGAGCUGUCGAUUGAGGAGAGCCAACCAUGGACGGUUGGAGAAGCUAACCAACGAACGCGCAGAUGGAAGACUGGAAAGUAUGAGUCUGUGUACUUCGUCCACUUACUCUCCAUGCCUACCUACAGUGCCUGUGGCCGUUACCGGUCGGUCAAAGAGGGAGCUGUCGAAUGA